AAUAGCCAGAGAGACCAGACAAAAUGAAGACAACAUCCGUUUGGUGUUUUGUUUUUUCUGUCCUUGUACUGUCUAAGACUGUAUUUUCGAAAAAUAUAUCUGGAUCUGCGACUUCCCCUCAAAAGAAAAGUGUUCAACGGCCAUUUUUUGCUGGUGGUAGUCCUCCAACAGGGCUACCUGGUACUUCUCAAGGGAUCGAGAUUCAGCAGACGCUGCCUUAUGAUCCUCCAGGCACUCCACCUUAUUUUGUUUCUCUCUUUGACUCAACCACCAAUACCCCGUUUUAUUCAGCUUACAAAGUUACGCCUGCUCAGUCAACGGGCAUUGGUAAUGAAAGAAGGCCGGGUGGAACACAGUGGAGAGAAUCCCCAGGCGUUCCUGAACUCAAAACUGCUUACAGAGAAGCAAUCGAAGAAAACGGACGACGUCUAAGAGGACGAAGUCCAAACCAACAAUUGACCAAAGGCCAUUUGAAUCCCUCAGCGAUAAAUUCCUUUGACAAAAAAUUCAUGAUCGCCACCUAUACUUUUACCAAUGCAGUACCUCAGUUUGCAGCGUCGAACUUCUAUUUGACGAAGUUUGAGAAAAAAGUUGAAGACUAUGCUAAGGAAAAUUGUGGCCAGAGAGAUGGAACCCUCUACCUUUUGACCGGCAGAUCAGAAAAUGGCUUACUCAUUAGAGAGGGGAAGGCUGUUCAGGAUUCCACAAAUCAAAUUCCUAAGCCCUUUCUGACGGAUACGUUUGUGCAAGGUACAAUAAGACUUGUAACUCCUCGUUCUAUUUGGACAGCUGUUUGCUGUAUAUGGCAGGUACCAGGUGAGGAGAAAAGAGCAGAAUCCUUUGCAGUGAUGAGCAACAAUCAAGACAAAAGGUCGAAUGUUCAUCAAACAGAAAUGAGCGUACGCGAACUAGAGGAGCUCCUAGUGACACCACACGAUGCCGAAGUAAAUUUGUUCCCGGGGGAAGAGGAAUGUCGACGACCUGAGAACUAUCUACACUACGAAGAGAGUAUCGAUGAGAACAGACUGUUCAGAGUCAAGUAGAUAAGUCAAAAACCCUGAAUAACGAGAGACGUGAAGAAUUGUCCUCCUCUUUGGCAUACACGUGUUUCCAUGGUAACAAGACGUUGAA